UCAUCAAAUUCGAAUUCAAAUAAUUCUUCAGUAGUUGGUUUACAUUAUAAAAUUGGUAAAAAAAUUGGUGAAGGUUCAUUUGGUGUUUUAUUUGAAGGUCAUAAUAUAAUAAAUGGAGUUUCAGUUGCAAUUAAAUUUGAACCAAGAAAAACUGAAGCACCUCAAUUAAGAGAUGAAUAUAGAACUUAUAAACAUUUACAAGGUAGUCCAGGUAUUCCAAAUGCAUAUUAUUUUGGACAAGAAGGUUUACAUAGUAUUUUAGUUAUUGAUUUAUUGGGACCUUCUUUAGAAGAUUUAUUUGAUUGGUGUGGUCGUAGAUUUAGUGUUAAAACGGUUGUUCAAGUUGCCAUACAAAUGUUAACUUUAAUUGAAGAAGUUCAUUCUCAUGAUUUAAUUUAUAGAGAUAUUAAACCAGAUAAUUUUUUAAUUGGUAGACAAGGAUUACCUGAUGAAAAUGAUGUUCAUUUAAUUGAUUUUGGUAUGGCUAAACAAUAUAGAGAUCCAAGAACCAAACAACAUAUUCCUUAUAGAGAAAAAAAAUCAUUAAGUGGUACCGCUCGUUAUAUGUCAAUUAAUACUCAUUUAGGUAGAGAACAACUGAGAAGAGAUGAUUUAGAAGCUUUAGGUCAUGUAUUUUUUUAUUUCUUAAGAGGUCAAUUACCAUGGCAAGGUUUAAAAGCUCAAACUAAUAAAUUAAAAUAUGAAAAAAUUGGUGAUAAAAAACGUACUACUCCAGCUACUACUUUAUGUGAUGGUUUACCAAGACAAUUUGCGGAAUAUUUAGAUCGAGUUAGAAGUUUACCUUUUGAAGCUGAACCUCCUUAUGAGGAAUAUAGAAUGUCAUUAUUAUCAAUACUCGAUGAUUUAGGUCAACAUGCUGAUGGUGAUUAUGAUUGGUUACAUCUUAAUGGUGGUAAAGGAUGGGAUUCAUCAAUUAAUAAGAAACCUAAUUUACAUGGUUAUGGUCAUCCAAAUCCUCCAAAUGAAAGACGUCAUCGUGAUCAAAGAAGAAAUAGACAACAUCAUAAUACUACCGGCCAACAACAAAAUAAUGUUAAUGGUAUGAAUCCAAAUUCUCAACAACAACAACAACAAUUAAAUGCUGCUCAAUUACAUCAACAAAAAUUACAAAAUUUAGUUAAUAGACCAUUACCUCCAAUUAAACAAGAAUCUCAAACUUUAAAUAAUAACGAUGUUUUAGCAAAUUCAAAUUCAAUUAGAAAUCAAAAUCAACUGAAAACUUAUGAAAAUUCUCCAUCAAAUAGAAACCAAUAUGAUUUAUCUCAACAACAAUUGCAUCAACAACAAUCACAAAUUCCUCAACAUAAUCAACAAAAUAACCAAUCUACUCAACAUCAACAAUUAGUCGAUGAAAAUGAACAAAAGGGAUUUUUCGCAAAAUUAUGCUGU